UUAGGGGAGUCUAUAAUAUUGUUUGGGAUUGUUCUGUCACCUGCACUUGUACAGGUUGUUACUCAUGUGAAUGAAGUAUCCACUAAGUGUAAAUUGAAAACUAGGUAUCAGACGGUGUGAAAAACACAAUUCUCUUGCUUCAACGACAAACACAACCUCAGCGGCAGCAUGAGCAAUAUUUACAUUCAAGAGCCACCAACAAAUGGAAAGGUCCUGUUGAAGACCUCAGCAGGAGACAUUGACAUUGAGUUGUGGUCCAAGGAGGCUCCUAAAGCAUGCAGGAACUUUGUGCAACUGUGCAUGGAAGGUUACUAUGAUGGCACAGUGUUUCACAGAGUGGUGCGUGAGUUCAUCGUUCAGGGGGGAGAUCCCACUGGAACAGGGACGGGUGGAGACUCCAUCUAUGGCCGGCCAUUCAAGGAUGAAUUUCACUCCAGAUUGCGCUUCAAUCGGAGAGGUUUGGUCGCCAUGGCAAAUGCUGGGCCGCAUGAUAAUGGCAGUCAGUUUUUCUUCACCUUGGGACGUGCAGAUGAGCUCAACAAUAAACACACCAUAUUGGGCAAGGUCACAGGAGACACCGUUUAUAAUAUGCUCCGACUGGCAGAGGUUGAAUGUGACGACGAGGAAAGACCUUUGAAUCCUCACAAAAUAAAAACGGCUGAGGUGCUUCAUUCUCCAUUUGAUGACAUUAUACCCCGUGAAAUAAAGAAAACCAAAAAGGAAAAAGACAAAGAGGAGGGAAAGAAAUCACAGUCAAAAGCCACAAAGAACUUCAGUCUGUUAUCAUUUGGAGAGGAAGCUGAAGAGGAAGAGGAGAUGGUGAAUCAAGUCAGUCAGACUCUAAAGGGAAAAAGCAAAAGCAGCCAUGACCUCCUGAAAGAUGACCCCAGACUGAGCUCUGUCCCAGCAGUUGAUAAGGUAAAGAAGAAGGGGACAUCAGGAGAUACAGCUGAAACAGGCGACGAGGACGACGACGAAGUUGAAGGUGACCUGGAUGAAGAUGAAGAGUAUGACUCGGAUAAGAAAGAGAAGAUGAGAGAGCUCAUCAGUAAAAAGCUACAGAAAGAGAAAGGCGUAGAGAAAGCGACGGACCCGAGUGAGGAGGAGCGAGGGAAAAAGACCAACCGCAGUGAUGAAUUACGGAAAGAGGCGCGCCAGUUAAAGAAGGAACUACAGGCCAUAAAGCAAAGGAAAGAAGAAAGUUUAAAACCUGCAGUGGAUGAAGUCAAGGAGGUGGAUAAAAAGCCAUCCAGCGAGGCCGUGGCUGAGUAUCUGGAGGGACGAAAGAAGUACGAAGAGCUCAGGACACAAAAAAGGAAGAAAGGCUCAAACAGAGAAGAACAGACUCUGGCCCUCCUCAGUCGUUUCAAGUCCAAGCUGUCUUCGGCCAUCGCUGAAGGUCCAGAGGAAGACGUGGAAGAGCUGGCAGAAGAUGACGACAAAGGAUGGAUGGGCCAUGUUCUGCAGUUUGAUGAGCAAAGCAGAAAAGUCAAGGAUGCCAACAUGCAGGACGAGGACACUUUCGAGAUCUACGACCCUCGAAACCCCGUCAAUAAACGAAGGAGAGAGGAGAGCAAGAAGAUCAUGAAGGAGAAGAAGGCCAAGAGGUGAGGUCAUGAGGUCAAAGGUCAGGUUCUGUCCAAUCCAUGUGACUGAAAAACCAGUCCUGCCUGUGCGCUUUUGUAACCCUCUAAAUCGGUCUCCUGGCUCCAACAUCUGGAUUGUGGAUGCUGACCUGAGCCCAAACGAUCCCUGUAAUCUGUGAUGGAAAGGCUUCUUCACUUGGAACAGCUGCACCUGGACAACGCUCAGUGAAGACUGUGGUCACAGUAAAGAUUGAGGUUGUGAUUAAUUGUAAUGUUGUUAACUUUUCUAAGCCAUUCGUUUCCUGUUUAUUUUGUCUGAAGCUUAAAUGUGAGCAUUGGACUUUACCAAAUAAAUAAUAAAUUGCAUUUUGUAAGCAGA